CGACGCCGAGCGUCCCGAGCGUGAGGUCGCGGGAGAAUUUUAUUACUCUCCGCCGUUUCGCGUGGUUCGAUCGUGGAUUCAUCGAUUGUCGUCGUGUCAGAAUCGUUCAAACAUUUAUCAUCGGAAACAUUGAUUGUAUGCUGUGACAAACGAGGGUCGGGGGUUCGAUAUUUGAAACGCGUGCCGCGGUGGUUUCUACCCGGCUAGGAUGCGUCCGCGGGACGUGAUUUUUUACAAAAUCCUAACUUGACUCGCACGAGUGUGGUACACGGUGAGGCAUCGCGCGUCCUUGACCGUUUCGAUGGAAGGUCGUCCGACAUUCUCUGCUUCUGGAGAACGUUUCCGGCGGGUCGUUAGUCCGUUUAUCAGUCCGAACGGGGAGACGCGGCGGUGUGGCUCGUUUCGCGAGUGGAAGGACGACCUUGAGAGACUGUCGCCGCAGGACUCUCGCGGUGUGCUUGUUCGUUGUGGAUGCGGGUCUUUCGCGGAUCGUGCUUAUUUUAAUAUCGGUCUCGCAGACUUAUCGAAGAUGUUGGUGCUCGUUAAACAAAAAGAUGUCACGUUCAAUCUUGUCCCCAGAAUGGCUGCUAUCUUCUUCGUUGCCUGCCUCUUGCUGCUGGACACCCGACCAACGUCUGCUGCUUUCACCACCGUCACCACCGUCCCAGACCCGGAGUUCGUUGAUCAAAUAGGAAAUAUCACAGUGUCAGCGGGACGUAAUGUGAAAUUAUCCUGCAGUGUCAAGGAUUUGGGGCCGUACAAGGUGGCCUGGAUGCUUUUCGACAAGAGCGCGAUCCUGACAGUACAAAAUCACGUUAUUACCAGGAACCCGAGGAUAUCCGUGUCACACGAUAAGCACAGGACCUGGAUCCUACAUAUCAAAGAGGUGCAGGAGGACGACAAGGGAAAGUACAUGUGUCAAAUUAAUACAGCGACUGCCAAAACGCAGUACGGAUACCUCGACGUCGUCGUGCCUCCGAACAUAGAAGACUACCAGACAUCCUCAGAUGCUAUUGUUCGCGAGGGUGCGAACGUGACUUUGACUUGCAAAGCGACUGGAAGUCCUAAACCGAGCAUCAGCUGGAAACGAGAGGAUGGCUCGAAAAUCUCAAUCAACAAAACGCUCUCCAUGUCGGAAUGGAAAGGCGAGACGCUGGAGAUCAUGCGAAUCUCAAGACUGGAUAUGGGCGUUUAUUUGUGCAUCGCCACGAACGGAGUGCCUCCCACUGUCAGUAAGCAGAUCAAAGUCUCCGUUGACUUUCCCCCGAUGCUGUGGAUACCGCACCAAUUGGUCGGCGCGCCCUUGGGCUACGCGGUAACGUUGGAAUGCCACACGGAGGCGCAUCCGACUUCUUUGAAUUACUGGACUAGGGAGGACGGCGUGAUGAUUCACGAGAGCAACAAGUACAAGACCACUUCAACCCCCGAGAAACCGUCUUACAAGACGCACAUGACCCUCACGAUAUACGAUCUUCAGGAUGAGGAUUACGGUAGCUACAAGUGCGUUGCGAAAAAUCCACGCGGAGAGACCGACGGGACCAUCCGAUUAUACAAGUCGACGCCGCCCAGCACUAGCCCCAGUCCGUCUACCACCGAGCUGCCGAAGAAAGAUUGGGAGUUGAUGGCGGAGAUGAACAAUUCAGUUUAUGGGAACCCGAGUUCACUGACGAUCCACAAUGAGAAAAACAUGAAAUCAGGUAAUAAAUUCCAGUCGAAUCUCAGCGAGAUCGGCAAAUCCGAACAAAAAUCGAGCGACCCGGAUAGGAAAAGGAACUACAAUUGGACCCCAGACAGCGACGUGGCGACGAGCGUCGCGACGACAGGGUUGCUCUUGGUGGUCGCGCUGAUCGCAACGUCGAUCAUUCGAUAAAGAAGCUACGAAAAAACGCCUUGAGAAUGUCGAUCAUCAUCUACAAUUUAAGGACUGUAUUUAAACCGCGGAGCGCAAGAAAGUUAGCGUGCGCAAGCAUCAUAAACGUAUACACGUAAACAAGGAAACAGAUGGUCAAAUGACUGAGUAGUUAGUGUCGUACUAAAAAGAAACACGGAAGAACGAUAAUAAAUAAGAGUUAAAACACAAUUACGCGUGCCAAGUAUCGGUGUAGCGCAAGUGUCCGAGGCCCAUGGGAACGAGGCGGGAAGUGCGGAGUAAGUAAAACGAAGAAUUAUUUCUACAGAGUAACAUCCGAGUGGAAAGGAGAUAAUGGUGAACCGGCAUCGGUGGGCAAAUCACAAAGUGCAACGACUAUCGCUUUCAGUGUAACAUAUUGUAUAACGCCGUAAUGUCAGAGUACGCGCCAACGGUCUCCAAUAUAGCUGAAAAAUCAUCAAGCCUGUUCCAGUCCACAAUUUAAAGCUUUAUCGAGUAUUAAAUCAAUUUUGAAAAUGAUAAUAGAAUUUAUUUGAUUGAUCCCUAGGAAUUUUCAUAUCUUCAAGUACUUCAAGUACAUGCAGGUGUACUCGUGUUCUGCCUUUAAUUAAACUUCAUUACUAAUUCGAUCGUUUAAUCCGGGGACACCCUGUAUAAAAUCGUGCACAAUUCUUGAAUUGUCAGAAAAAUUCUAUUACUUUAAUUCAGUUGAUCAUGAAAAAAGCAGAUAAUGAAAUUCAUUGAUUCAUAUGAAAUGUCGUGUCUUCAUCCAUCUUACUUCUACGUAAAAUAAUUUAAUUUAUGAUCAAUUCUUAAAGGAAGAAAUCAGCGACCCAGAACUGCCACCGAUUCUUAUACAUUUUUUCAUACUCAGUCGAGUUCCUUCCCUUUUUCAUUUCGUUUGCAAGGUGUUCUUCGCGGAUCUCAUUUGGAUACUUGAGAUUAAAAUGUCAGAUUCGGUACAGAGGGUGGGCACGAGACAGUAAGGAGGGGACGAAGAUUAGAGGUCGAUAUAGCAUCGUCGAGGAAAACUAUUAUUUCCCUUCUUUCUGAUUUUCCCUUCCUCCUUUAUUUCAAUAUUCAUAUUUUAAAUGCAUAACAGAUUGUAAAAACAUGGAUUAAAAAAAAAAGUGUAUAAGAAUUUGGACUUGAACAGGCUCGAGGGUAUCCUAUAAUAAAUAAAACCCAGAGUAUCAGGAAGAAAUGUAAAUUAAGAAGACGCACCGAGGCACAUUUCGUCAGGGUUAAAUAAUUCUUUAGAGAGUGUCCAGAGAGAGGAGUGCUCAAAACAUACGUAAAAAUAUCGAACGACAAGGAAAAUAUUGAAACGCUUAAAAAGCACAGUGCUACAUUAUAAAUAAGUAACGUGUAGGAGAUAAAAAGUAAACUUGAUUAACCGUCGCAUUAGUUUCGCCUAGCGAGUAAAGCGUGUUUAUCAGGUCCUAAAAGAACAUCAGAACAUUUUCGAACGUAAUUUCACGAGAUACCUCUCACAAAUUUUCAGUUUACACCCCCAGCUUUGCUGCCAGUAAUCACGAGCGUCUAUUUCGAUGAUUUACGUUGAAAACAAAGUAGAAAUCAGAUCCGAGAGGGAAAUGGAUGGAAAAUAAAAAGCAGUACAUUCCGGUUUGAUUCCCAACGCAAUUUGCACAAUGGAAAUCAAUGUACACGUGUGCUGCGAAAUAUCAAACGGGACCUGUGGAUUUUAAUCCAUCAAGGGAGCCGUGGCUCGAAAAUCCGUAAACGCGUAUUAAUUGUAAUCCUGCGUGCGCGUUAAAGCAGGCGCGAAAAAACCUCACCGAGGAUGAGUCUCCAACAGUACCGCUUUUAUAAAACAAUGGUAAAUGAAUUCCACUUCAAUUAGAAAGAUUGUCUGAUCCAAUAAUUUCUAUUACUCUAAUUGAAAGUAAUUGGCAAAUGUGUAAAAGCGAACAAGUACGAGCUCGUUUUCGGUUUUAUCCACGAAUUAAAUCCUGCUGAGCUAUUAUCCUUAAUAAACUCCACCGAAGACUGUUUAUUUGCGACGAAUCAGGAUGGUUAACAAAGUUUAACAGCGGCAGGCCUUCGUUACUGUGUCGAUUAAUUUAUUCGCGUGUUAAUUAACGAGGCUGGUUCGGAAUUUCCUCGGUGAACGCGCAAACACCGGCGGCGAGGUUUAAAGCGGACUUCGAACUACUUAGGAAUAUCCAUUAUUCAGCGUACAUCUUGUUUAAAGCAACAGGUUCGUGGGAGUCCCGUUGCUCCGUCGCGACGAACUCCGCGAACGGGUUAAAGCACCAUGAUGGAUUAAAGAAGAGUAACUCGGGGAUUACCGCAGACUUACCACCGCAGCUCCAUGCGACGGAUCUUCAGGUCAUCGUACCCACGCAUCUAAGAACAGAAUCAGACGAUCUCUCAUCCAGCCCUCGAAUAAACAGUUUUCGUCUGUACAUCCUUUAUUCGUUUUGCGAGCCUCUGUGUGUCGGGAAACGAAAUAAUAUAUCGAUUGCAAUAAAUGAGAUCCAUUAGUGUUCGUGAACAGAAAUUAUGCUGACCUUGCAGCGAGCGCUUUCGAUAUCAUCAAAGUAACUUAAAAAGAGUCAUUAAUCUUCCCUCGAGAUCAAUCGUUUCUGUUGACGAAUUAAUCAUGUGAACAAACUGAAGGCAACGGAGUCUAAUUAGCACGAUGCUAGUUGAUUUUUAAUCUAAUUAGAGGGACUCCUAAUUAGCAGAGAUCAGCGGUGAGCAAAAAGCGAUGCGGGGAGUAAUUCUAUUCUCGUCGAGCUGAUUUCAACCGGGAGACACGGAGAGAACAAUGACGCAGGUUGCACAUUUAUAUAGAAAUAUCGGCCUGAGUAUAAUAACGUUCGACUCGUCAGCUGGCGGAUUCUGUAAAUACGAGUAAAUAAACUAAGUAAAUAUAAUAGCUGCCGGAGGUGAACAAAAUUCCGGGACGGACGAUUCCCGCGACGACGGCUCGGUGCCGUCGUUACGCUUUCGACGAACGAGGACCGUUGACGAUUUUGCUCCGACGCGAGAACAUUUCGCCCUGGUUUCGUAUUGAAUUUAGAGUAAGUGUAACGAGAGAGGCGUCCGGUUAAAAAGCGAGUUACGUCUACUCUCUGGCGAGCGGAACGAUCCACGACUGGAUUUGAUUCUUUCAAGAAACGUAGUCGAAACAUUUGAAUAACAUUUAACUGGAUUUAUGUUCGUUUGAUAUGAAAAAAAGUAACAGAAUUGUGAAAAAAUGAGAUUGUACGUUUUCGGAAGAUUCGACGUAAAAAUGAAAUUGUUGAAUAAUAAUUAGUCCUCUUUGUAAAAGAAAUGAAUGUCAUUGUUCGAUUGAAAUGCUUUAGAUAGGAGAAUCGGGUCCAGGGUGUUCGAAUCGUAUUCCUUGCGAUAUAUUUUCGUUUCGCCGUUUCGAAUUGAUUUCACCGAGUUUUGUACUAUCGUUGUAAACAAGCGAGGGUGUGCGCGGGAAGAAGAGUGAAUAAUACCGUACAUAGGGAGGAUAUUUUGACCUUAGCGUAUAACGAAAUCGACGUCGCGGUCGUCUCGUAGCGAUUAAGUGAUUUUAAGUGAUCGAUCCCAUCGCUUUCCGUCGAAACUCAACGAGUUACUAUCGAUCCACGCUUCGUUUACUUCUAUUUCGUAAGAACUAUUCUGAACAUCGAAGGGAAACAAAAAAUUAGGAGAUUUUUCUUGUAGCUUUUUAAUCUGUACGAGUUUGUGUUGGUAGCUGAUUGAAAAAAGUGUCUGAGACGUUUCCAACUUCUUUAGAGUCUCGAUGGAAACCACUGGAAUCGAAACUUGCAAAUAAAACGAAUUAAACGCGAAGGUAUAUAUGUAUACAUAACACAGAAUAUAAAUAUAUAAAUAUAUAAAUAAAUAAAUAUAAAUAUGGAUUAAGUGGGACUAUUGAGUAAUGAUAUAUCAUAUAUUAUAUAUAUUGUAUGUUACAUGAUAUAUUAUUAUAUAAUAUUAUUAUGCUUUGCGCCGUUGAGUUGAAUGUUGUUAUUUACAUGAGGAGAAUAAGAAAGUGGGGAACUGAGAGAGAUUCUUAUGGAUACACUCGACAUAUGUAAUAAAAUGUGGGCAAAGUAACUGCCGUGAAAAAA